AUGCCCUCAGCCAAGGCCAAAGGCAAGGCCCGCGCCGACCCGCCUAGCGAACGCACACCACUCCUUCCAAGUACCUCCUCCUCGUCCUCAGGCCCUGUCUAUGAUCAAGCGCCCCCGCCCCGACGCCGCCGGUGGGGGGUUUACGCGUCACUCGUAGCCUUUUUCGCAGGUGCAGGCUUCAUAGCCCUCCUGGCUGCGAGCUUUGUUCCUUCGGAGCGUGAAAUCCAGGACCUCCCAGAAAGCUUCAAAUAUGACUCGCCCACUCUGAACAUCCUCAACAUCGGCGAUGACGGAGUGCACGUCAGCGUCACCCUAAUGGGUGGUCUCGACACCUACUCCGCGCUCGCAGUUGACGGGCGCCGCGGCCAGGGUUGGUGGCAGAGCGUGCGGCGGGGCGCAGCGCACGUUCUCCCUCUUCCUGACAGCGUUCGGGUCACCAUCCCGCAGCUACAGGUAUACCCGCGCGGCGGGGGUCUGCCACUCCUCAACGUCAGCCUGCCUGGCGAGAUUCUCGUUCCGCUCGUGCGGGGAGACGAGCUCCGUCCUUUGGCGGUAGAGGCGCUCGGGGCCCCGAUUGCGUCCGUCGGCGAGAUUUGGACCUGGGCGCAGAAGGCAUGGGCCGCGGGCGACGCCGAGGUCGUCCUUGGGGUUCCAGAGGCGCAGGCCCGUCUCCUCGGUAUUUCGUUUUCGCAGACCGACCUCGCGUUUCCUCUCAAGUUUGACGUGCCUGCGCUCCCAAACUUCCCCAAGCCUGGCAAGAAGCUCAACCUGAGCAAGCUCGUCACGCUGCACAACUACACGUUCAACAAUGCGGACGGUCUGCGAAUUGCGGCACUCGCCGCACUUCCGAACCCGGGCCUCGGCGAGAUCCCCUUCCCGCUCCCCUUCGCGAUUGAGUUCGAGGGCACGCGAAUGGCCGAGGUUGUCGCACGCACCGCUACAAUCUCUAGCGAGAAGAUCGAGCUGGCGCUCGAGGGCGAUAUCGUGGCGGCUUCGGCUGCGGGAUCGUCGGACGCACUAGGCGACUUCCUACGCCGCUUCCUGCACGGUCAGGACUCACCAAUCGUCGUGCGCGGCCUGCACGACAUGCCCCGGAGAUACCGGGGACCCUCGCCGCCACAGUUCGUCCUCCAGACGCUACCCAGCCUCACUCUGGACCUCACGUUCCCUGCGCCUCAUCCUGCACCGGAUAUUGUCCGCUCUGUCACCGUCGAAGGGAUGAAGUUUGGCGGCGGGGAGGUGAUAGAGGCGAGCGGCACAGUUGUGGCGCUUGUGCAACUCCCGCCCGGCCUUGAGAGUGUGGACCUCGACGUCUCGUCCAUCCAGCCAGACGUGUUCAUCUUCGACGGCUCUUCGAAUGGGCACGACGACCGGCCCGAUCCUCAUAACCCACCUGAAGGCGCAUUCGCCCGCAUCCAUCCGGCGCACUACCUCAACGCCACGACGGCGCGCUCCGACGACCCUGCGACGCCCGACGCUCUGGUGGUGCGCGCUCCCUUCGAAAACGUGCCACUCGACAUACUCGAGGGGCGUGAGGGUCUCUUCCGUGGCUUCGUCAGCAAGGUGAUCUUCAAGGGUGGGGCGAACGCCGGCAUCGGUGGCGUGGUGGACGUGCGUGCGGAUCUGGGCGUCGGGGACGACAUUGAGAUCGGCGACCUGCCAGUCACGGGCGACUUCUGGGUCGGGCGCUCGGCCCGCAUGGCUACUCUGCAUAACGUCGUUUGGUGA